CCGCCCCCUGCUCGCUUUCGCACUCAGCACGUACUGCAGUUAAACACGUUCAGUUUGUGUAAUAACCGCCCGCCGUGAGCACAACAGCCGUCAGUCCGCAGUUUAGAAAGAAAACGUCGUGCCACAGCUUCACUUUUCCACGCACGCCAGGCGAGAGGACAUGGCCCAGAGGACGUUAGUUAGAAAACAACAGCGCGUGAGGCAAAAACAAGCGCGCUGACAGCGAUUUAAAGCCCUUCGCAAAAGUUUCGCUGACGCGUGCGUGACGUCGGACGAGUCAGAUGUAACAGGCGACGCUUCCCGUUUGCUGUCAGUGUGCGUGCGUGUGUUUGUUUGUUUGUCUUUAAUCACUAAAACCGGAGGGAAGUGUAGGUUGGCAUGGGGGCCAAACAGAGCAGUCCCGCUGCCAACGGGCGCACGCGAGCCUACUCGGGCUCGGAUCUACCGUCAAAUAACGUUAACGGCGGUAGCGGCAGAACGGCGGCUGUGGCGAUGAGGUAUCAUCCCGCGCACGGCGCCUCAGGUGCAACAUCGUCACCGUCGUCGUCUUCGUCGUCAGCCGCAAACUAUCAGGGCUCCAGGACGCGUUCCACCGGUGGCCCGGGCGCACGACCGCAGUCGAGCAUUAAUAUACCGAGCUCGGGAGCGUACAGUUCUCAGGAGUCCGGUAACAGCACACCGGAGGAGAACGGCGGGGAGCGAGAGCGGUCAACCGGCACUCCGAGACUCUUGAUCGGAUCUUUACCUGCUCACCUGUCGCCUCAUCUCUUCGCAGGUUUCAAGUGCCCCGUCUGCUCCAAGUUUAUCUCUUCAGAUGAAAUGGAUCUCCAUCUGGUCAUGUGCUUGACGAAACCUCGAGUGACGUACAACGAGGACGUCCUGACGAAGGACGCAGGAGAAUGUGCAAUAUGUCUGGAGGAGCUGGUGCAGGGAGACACCAUCGCACGCCUGCCCUGCCUCUGCAUCUAUCACAAAGGCUGUAUUGACGAGUGGUUUGAAGUGAACCGAUCGUGUCCUGAACAUCCUUCAGAUUAACAGCGCCUCUCGCACCUUUGCACAGCCUCCUGGUCGUGAGAAGCGCCUCGUCCCGCAAACGGACGGCAAUGUGAAUUCUCUUCCUCCUCAUAGACACUGUGACUUUGGUCUCGGGACGGCCCGAUCGCCGAGCGCCCCUCUCUUCUCGUAGCACGGCCCUCCCUAGUCGCCAUAUAAACCCUAGCGUGCCAAAACUCAUUCAGGGAAACUCUUUCCACAACCCCAGCGGCGGUCCAGACCCUCCAGAUUCUCUCCUCCGUCGUGCAAUUGUCCAAUCAGGAAUUGUGAAGAAGGCGGAUCUAGCAGAAGUUCAUUUCAUUGGCUGUUCGUUGAGGUCUCUGAUUGGCCGGACUCAGGGUCAGCUGACUGUGUGGAUAAUUAUGGGACGAUCGGGGUGGAUUGUUCUCUGCUAAAUGAGACUGUGUCUCUCAGUGCCUUAAUUUUCAGAUCCCACGGGCCGAAGCGGCGGCUGCGUUUCGGAUGUUCUUCGGCAGAAGGGCUCCAUGGACUCGGAGAAAGACGCCUGGAUGUGACGGGACGUGAGCCCUGAUUCGGGUCGGUCCUGAGCCAUACUGACAAGUGCCCUGUCUUUCCUAACGGCGACGCGGCCGUUUUUAUUCCUCUCACUUUCGCUUCCCGGAUGGUGGAAUGUCCCGUGCGUCUCGAGUCUCGUAGCAAUAUUCACUGUAGCCUGUCACAUGACGUCUGCACCGUCUCAAGAUCAUUUAUGCAAUUGCAUCACGUUUUAUUUGUGUUGAGACAAAUCUGGGCCUUAAUUCAACACAUGACUGACUUCUGUGUCUCUUUAUGUAGGGUGAAUCUCAUCAAAACGUGUCAAAGUCAGAAGAAAAAAUUUGAAUUAUAUUUUAGCAUGAAGAAAUUUAGGUGUGUUUUGGGGGAAAUUAAUAUAAUGCAAUUAUUUUGUAUUAAAAUAUGCAUAAUUUUAAUGGCAGUGUAAAUACAUUGCAAUAUAUAAGAAUUUAAAUUAUAAAUUAAUAAUUUUUAUUAUAUAAAUAAUUUAUAAUUAUAAAUUUUAAUUAAAAUAAUUGAAUUAUAUUAAUUUAUAAAUUAAUUGUAAAUACAAUUUAAAUAAUAGAAUUUAAAUAGUAUUUUUUUUACAAUUUAAUGACAAUUCUGCACAUUUUUACUCCGUCAGUAUAAUUAUUUUGCACUGUGAUUUGUGAUAUUAAUUGAUAGUAAUGCUCUAAAAAAAAAUUAAUGCAAAUCAAAAUGUAUUCCAGAAAUAAAAAUCACUGAAAAUAUUAAAGAGUUAAAAUUUCGAUUUCAAAUCAGCAUAAAUUUAAUGGCAGUACAAAUACUACUGUGAUGAAUAAAUACAGUUUAAAUAAUAAAUAAUAUAUACAAUUUAAAUACAUUUUUAGGAUUUAGAUGUUUUACUUUACGACAUAUUUUCAUAAUAAUUAUACAAAUUUUUCCCCUUCAGUACAAGUAUUUAUACACCAUUAUUCAUGAUAUUUAUAGUACUGCUUUUAAUUUAUGCUGAUUUAAUUUUUUAAAUCUUUUUUUUAAUCUCAUCAGUGAGAAAGAAUAAUAAAUAAUAAUAAAAAAAAACUCAAAAGUGAAAUAUUAAUUUAAAUCAGAUAAAAUUUAAUGGCAGUACAACAAAUGCUACCAUGAUGAGUAAAUACAUUGCGAUUUUAAAUAAUAAAUAACAUAUAGAAUUUAAAAAUUCCACUGCUCUUAAUUUUAAUUAAAAUAAUUGCAUUAUAUUAAUAUAUAAAUUAAUUGUAAAUACAUCACAGUUUAAUUAAUAAAUACAAACAAAUUAAACUGUACUUUUUUUUUUUUAAAGAUUUUUCACAAUUUCAUGACAAUUAUACACAUUUUUACUCCUUCAGUAUAAUUAUUUUGCACUUUGAUUUAUGAUAUUUAUUGUACUUCUCUUAGAUAAUGCUCUAAAAUAAAAUAAACGCAAAUCAAAAUGUAUUUCAGAAAUAAAAAUCACUGAAAAUAUUAAAGAAAAAGGACAUUUUCAUUUAAAUCAGCCUAAAUUUAAUGGCAGUACAAAUACUGCUGUGAUGAAUAAAUGCAAUUUAAAUAAUAAAUAAUAUAUACAAUAUAAACACAUUUUUAGGAUUUAGAUUUUUCACUUUACAACACAUAUUUUCUUAAUAAUUAUACAAUUUUUUUCCAGUUCAGUACAAGUAUUUAUAAACAAUGAUUUAUAUUGUACUGCUUUUAAUUUAUGCUGAUUUAAUUUUUUUAAUCAUUGUAUUUCAGUGGUAAGAAUCAUAACUGAAAAAAAUUAUUUAAAAAAAGUUAAAUAUUAAUUUAAAUCUGAAUAUAUCAUGUAUUUACAUAUAAAUUUGAUUCUAAAAAUAAUAAUAUUAAUAUCCUAUAGAUCCUAAAAUGCACUUCUUUUUCUUUAUGCAAAAUAUAAUUUAGUAAUUUCUUUUGAUUUUGUGAUGAAAAAUGCCAUUUCUUGACAGGUUUUGUUAGUCUCACCCUUCCUCGUAGCGUCACGUGGCGUCAUUUAGGGUUUUAAAACUUUGUAUGUGCGUCAGGAGGUACACAUAUGACAUCAAAUGAUCGUCCAUCAGGCCAAAUGAAUCUCAUAUUUCACCUUGCAUUAAGGAAAUUAAUUUUUUGGAUUAUUAAGAUUUGUCACGUACCUUCAUGACAAUUACACAUUUUCACUGCUCUUAAUUUAUGCGGAUUUAAAUGUAAAAAAUCAGUGUAUUCGAGGAAUAAACACUGAAAAUAUCACCAAAAAAGCAAAGGAAAACUCAAAAGCACUGAUGCAGAAUGUGCCUGAUUGUUGUGAACGUCACAAAUCUUAAUGCUCUUAAAAAGGCUAUUUUCUUUAUGUACAAUAUACAUUUUUCUGAUCUUUGUGAUGAAAUGUGAUUCAGGCGAAUGAUUCUCUGUGUUUGUCUUAAAUUCACCUGUAGCUGCUGGAAUUUUUGUUAUGAUCUUUGGGAUUUUAUCACCAGUUUCUCAAUCUGUUUCACGCAAAUCACUUAGUCUGAACGGCACGUGCGAGUUAUUGAUAUCAUAAACGCUCUGGUCACAUUUCAGCUGCUUUUCCCAAGAUCCACAUCGUGAUAUUUUGGAGAAAGGUGGCCGUUCUCCAGUAGAGUUUGACGCUUUAGAUGGACGCGCUGCUAACUAGUUCUUCAAAGUUACUAAUCAGAUUCAACAAGGGAUUUUUGUUUAGUUUUGGUUAGAGAUUUACUCAUUAGUCUCAUUCUCAGUCUCAUGUAAAGCCUUAUGCGGUUGAGGGGUUAGUUUUGGCCCGCUGAAGCUGAAUUGGACUUCAGAGUAUUACCGUAGUACGGCCUGGCAUAUCAGAGGUGCCAUAAUAGCUUUAAAAUGCUGCUAAUCAUGUACGUUGAUGGCGAUGAGAACCGCUGCAUUACAGCAGGUUCAGAGAAGAUACAGUACACCACAUGUUGCAUGGGAAGCACCACUAUUUUUAAAACGCCUUACCAGAUAUUAGAUCAUUCGCAUAUCAUUUAGGUACAUAAUGAAUCCACGCUGAUGUUGAUAUUUUGCUGCUUUGUGCAAACGUCUGUUUCCAGCAGAUCUGAGCCUGAUGCGUCCGGAUCCGUGACACAAGCUGGAGUCUCAUUUUUGAUUAAUUUGCUACCAAAAUCCAUCAGGUAACUGUCUGUUUGAUCUAGUUCCAUCCUCACACCAGUCAAGAGGAAC